AAUCUUUGUAAGAGGAAUCAAGAAAUUCGGCAAAAACAAAUAAUUUCUCAUACUUCGGGUGCUAAAUCAAUUGCAAGAAGAAGGGCUGAAUUGAUGGAAGAGACGGGAAAAGAAGUUAGUAGGGUUCAAAUGUGGGAUAUCACUCACAGAAAAAUAGAUGGAAGUUAUGUUAAUGAAAAGGCUAAAGAAAUAGCGGAGAAGAUUGAAGCAUAUAGUAGUCAACAAGCGGUGGAAUCAACCGUUAAUUCUCCUCUUGAUGCUCUUGGAGUAGUUCUUGGGAAAGAGCACCCUGGUCGUGUUCGAGGUUUAGGCAUGGGAGCUGUUCCAACAGUUGCUUUCAAGAACAACACUACAAGAAUUAGUCAGAUGAAUUUAGGGUCUUCAAAUGAUGCUGGCACAUCAUCUACUUGUAGUCCAAAUGUGCAAGAAGAGUUGGAUACCGUUAAAGCGCAAUUGCAAGCACUAGUCUCCUAUAUUACUUCUAAGGAAGGAGGUAAAAUUCCAGUGGAAUUGGCUGGAAUGUUCCCUACUCGACAAAUUUCACAGGGAUUGGAUCAAGAGAGUGAGAUUCCAUCACCAAGAGAGUUAGGAAGUAGGUCUUCUGGAGCGAGCAACAAAGAAGCAUGAUCUUGUAUGAUAAAGAUUUUAUGUAUUAAGUAUUAUAGAUAUAUGUUAAGACAAAUUAUUAAAAAAUGUAAUCUUUGAUACUUUGUUUUUGGAUUAUGAUUUUUUAUUUUCGGAGACUGUGUAUGAAUUAAAAAUCUUGUUAUGAUGUUUAAGGUUAUGCUUUUUGGUUA